AUGUCCGCGUUGCGUCGACCGAUUCGAAACCCUUUCAUCGCUACGUGUCUCGUACUCCUAUCCGUUCUGACUUUCUGGAAACUGAGCUCGAAUGUUCCCGAUAAACUUUAUGGCGGCAUCGCUCUUAACGAAGGCCCGUUCGACAAGGCCCUAGUCAUCGCUUCCAUGAAGCAUGAGAAUACGUCUUGGUUCUACGAUGAGCUUCCAGAGUGGCGCAAAUAUGUCUAUGUGGUGGACGAUCCAACCGCCGAGCUCACGGUGCCGUUGAACAAGGGUCGUGAAUCGAUGGUGUAUCUUUCCUUCAUCAUCGACAACUACCACAAAUUGCCAGCGAACAUUCUCUUUCUCCACGCGGAGAGAUACCAAUGGCACAACGACGAUCCCGACUAUGACGGUCUGUCGAUCCUGCGAAAGUUUCGCUUUUCCUACCUACAGGAAAAAGGGUAUCUCAACCUGCGCUGUAUGCAGUAG